CGAUUUGCUGACGCGGCUUGUCUUGUUCCUGUAUCUGUACAGACUUGUGUGGAAGGUUAAUGGCUGCGAGACAAUUCGCGUUUAUGUCUUAGUUGUUGGGAACGUUUUUGUUCAUAUGAAAAUCCCCGACUAGAAGUUUAAGGAUGUUGAGGUAGUGAGUCUUUGGAACUCCCUCAAAAGUUGGUAUAAGGAGGACAUGAGGAGACAGACGACUACGCCAGAGUGAGACAGAGACUGACAAUGUUCACAGCAGAUAGUCACAACAAGAAGAUCAAUAGGAGUGACAAAUGAGAUCAAGAUAAGUAUUUUGAACAGAAGUAUAUAAAUCCUUCGCAAGCACAUGCUAAAUCAUCAAAAAACAGACCAGAGGAAAAUGAUGAAACAGAUAGUGAAAGCUCUCUUUUGAAGUCACAGAUCAAAUCGUUUGAAUUUGCAUCCAGUCCGGUGCCACGGAAUUUCUGCUCUAGUGAUGGAGAGUUCUCAAAUUAUUCUGGACAGUUCUCACAGCUCCCACCGCAUUCUGGAGAAAGUUUAACCAAAGAUACUAACAGUUUCCAGGUGGCGGCUGCUGCUGCUACUGCAGUCCAUCAUAUGAAUAACCAAUAUAGCUCCCCUGCAGGACAUGUUGAAAAUUGGCAUGUUCCUUACACUCCCAAGUGCGGGGAGUGUUAUACUUUGGAAUCUACUAGCAACUGGUUGUCAAAUACCGGCAUGCCUGAUUUAUCGUGGAAUCGGAGCUUUGGACCACCCUCAUCAGUCUCGUCACAAGGCACCCUUGGACUGUCACACCUCGAGCCUGGGUUUCCUUUGCAGUCUUAUCCAUAUCAGCCACCUGGUCCUUUUCUGCCACAAAACCCUUGUCGACCUAGGGUUUCUGUAUACGUUCCAGAACCUGGCCACUUUCCUCCCAUGCGCCCUGGUAGAGCCGACCACAGCCCUUAUGGGACACCAGGUUUAAUUCCUCCAAAUGGUCCUGGAAAUGUUUCAUUUCAGAGGGCAGUUGCUCCUACAGAUCCUGUAAAUACAAAUGCACCAUUCAGCCUUCCGCUUCCUCGUGAACAGAGAAAAGUCUUUGUGACUUAUGCUACAGAUAACGACAAGCAUGUUGAAGAGGUCAUCAAGUUUGUUGCUUUGUUAAUCCGAAAUGGAUUUGAAACCCAGAUUGAUAUGUUUGAGCAACAUUUUAGAAGUAUAAACAAAAUUGACUGGAUGGAAAGAUACAUCAAUGAUAAAGGAUAUCUGAUCAUUAUUGUUAUCAGCCCGAAAUACUGGGAAGCUGUUACAUCUCAGAACUUUGAAUUAAAAAAUGAUGAACAUUCUUUGAAUACAGUCUUUAUCUACAAACAGCUUCAAAAUGAAUUUAUUCAGAAUGGGAGCAAGAACUUCAGAUUUGUUCCAAUUAUUUUCCCCGGAGCCAACAUGAAACAUGUUCCUUCAUGGCUACAAAAUACACAUGUCUACUGCUGGCCAAUGCAUAGCCAGGAUAUUCUACGACGACUGAUGCGCCUGGAAAAAUACAACCCUCCUCCAGUUGGUGAACUCCCUACCAUCAUUCAGAAAUCAAUAUAACCCCAUCUUGAUCUUGCUGUAAUAAUAUCGUAAAACAAACUUUUGCGAAAGUGCCAUACAUUGUUUUUGUAACUGCUGUGGCUCAGGAUAACCGGUUUUCAGAGUUCUUGAUGGGCUUCAAAAUGUUUCCAAUAUCAGGGAUACAGUCAGAAAUCAAUAACUUUGCAUCAUUCAAAAAUGAUAAAAUCGUGACCACAAGAAAUGAUAUUUCUUUUAAGGUUUGCUUCAACUUGGUGUAUCAAACACGUAUGGUGUAAACCUGACUUGUUAUGAGAGGUGGAUCAUCAAACCAGUAGCAUUUCUGAAAUAUUAAACUGAAAUUUUGUUUAAGGAUCAGUUUUCACAACUGUUUCUCUCUCCAGCCACGUUUACUGCUUUAGUCAGUGCUGUUAGUACAAGCUAUAAUCUGAUGCUAAUGAGGUGGAUUAAAUAACCAAGGUAAUCACGGAUUCUGAAAUGUUCAGAGGGAUCUGGGUGUCCUUAUAUAUCAGUCAAAGUUAAGCAAGUGCAGGGAGCAAUGAGGUAAAUAAAUGAUUUGUUAGCCUUUAUUGUAAGAGAUUGGUGAGACCACACCUGAAGUACCCUGUAUAGUUUUGGUCAUCUUGCCUAAGGAAAGAUAUACUUGCCUUAGAGGGGCUGCAACAAAGCUUUACUACACUCAUUCCUUGAUUAAGGAUAAUUGUCCUACAAGGAAAGAUCAAAUGCUGGGAGGAUAUUUCACUUGGCUAGGGAAUCUAGAACAUGGGGGCACAGUCUCAGAUGUAAGUGGUAACUGAGAUGAGAAAUUUCUUCACUCAAAGGGUGUGAAUCUUAGGAGUUUUCUACCCCAGAGGUCACUGAAUACUCAGUCAUAAAGUAUGCUCAAGACUAAGAUUUUUUUUGGAUUCUAAGGGAAUCGAGGGAUAUUGGAAUAAGGCGUAACAAGUAUCUGAGGUAGAAGAUUAUCCAUGAUUUUGAACAGUAGGACAGGCUCAAAGUGUUGAAAGACCUCCUUCUAUUCCUUACAUUCUUAAAUAGGUACGAAUAGCUUGUUGAGCAGUCGAGUCAGCCCAGUGAGUCUGAGUAUUUAAUAUGAUACAGGCAGUGUCUUCAUUAUAACAUCUAUGGAAAUGGAAAGUGGCUAACAUUAGUUAUCAGAUAUAAACAGCUGGCUGCAUAACAGGUGGUAAAAGUGGUGGGAGUUGUAAUUUCUUAUGGCCACUAUGUUAUCUCAACAGUGUUGUGAUUUUUGUUACCUUCUGUCAAGCUAGAACAGGAUGUUACUCCUGUGAAAACCAUACAUCUAGUAAAAACACACGCUUGUGGUUUUAUUUGCAUAAAAGAUAAAUAUCCUCCUACAAAAACAACAAAAACCACCAAAAAAGAAAGGUAUAAAAAAGAAACAUUGUUAGAAUAAAACUUUACCUUGAAAAAUGAUUUAUUUUAAAUGGUUUCUAGAUGUAGAUAAAGAGCAGUUUCCAACACAAGAUAACCUAACUAUAUUUUGUCUUAGUUUAUUUUGGCAUUUCAUUCACAUUUUAACCUUUAUGGCUUAAGUACACAAAGUAUUAAAAAAAUAAGCUCAAGUGCAGUCUACACUUGUUUGGCAUUAGUCCUAUCCAUAUACAUGACAAUGGGCAAGAAUUUGCUGUAACAGGACAUCUAACAGCAUCUGAGAUUAGUUAAAUUUAUCCCUCAAUCCUUCAGCUCAAGUUUUUUUUGCCUGUAACAUUACUGAAAAUGCCAGCUGCUAAUAGCACAACAAGGGAACUAAUUAAAUUUAAGGAUUGGGAAAGAAACAGGAAGGACUGAGGAGGGUGUAAAAAAAGGUUGAAUUCAAUGUCAAAUCAGGUACAGAAAGAGAAAUGAAUAGGAAAAAAAGGUUGGAUUGAGGAAAAAAGAUGCAAAGAGAGCCAAAAAAAUGAAUUUUGAUAUUUUAAAAAUCCCUACAAAAUUCAAUACCUGAAGGAAUGAACUUCCAGACUUAUAAUAAUUAAUAUUCACUGCCAGAGAGGUUGAUUACAGUCAUUAACACUUAGCACAAAAGGGUGCUUACAUAUGUAAUGACAAGAUUUAACCUUCUGCAAUGGGUUUAAUGGACAAAUGCAACAAUUUCCUACGAAGUGGCUAGAGGAAAGAUGUUUUAUUUUUGCAAAGUUAAUAACAGAGCAUCACAACAUGUACAACAACUUUUGGAUGCUCACAUUUAAUCUCCCGUCUGUUCACCUGAAAUUGCUGGACCAUUUACCCAUAAAUAACAAUGUGUGCCAUUAGCCUUAACUUAUACAGCAAAUUCUGGGCCAUUAACAAUAAAUACUAUUUUGCAAUAUAAGCCCAUUUCCCCCUUUUUAUAUUUUUUCUCCUCAAUGAUUCUUUGUAGGUUUUGUCCUAAUGCCUUCAUCUGGAUCAUAUAAUUCUAAUAUACACCUAUUCAGGGCUAUAAUACAAGAUCUUUUAAUCUAUACAGGAUGCAAAUUCUAUUUCUGUAGAGGACAUAUCUAUUUUUAGAAAAUUUGGUAUUUACUCCAUAAUCACCAACACAGUGGGGCUGUCACAAUGGACAAUUGAUACAUGUCUAAGGUGUUGUUUUUUUCCAAUGUAUUUUAAACAUAAAACAUUUUAACUGGUGCUGUUCUUUUGCUACUAGUUGUUUGAAUCCUUUUAUUUUGCUUCACCUAUCAGUGAUUGAUGCAAGUGUUAUUUUGAGGUGUCAUAGAACACCACAUAUGGUACCAUGGAGUAUUCUCACCGCUGAAUGGAGUCCAAAAAUCAGGAAGAAUCAUCAAGCUGUUUCAAAGACCACCUGACAAUCAACUUAGGAUAGCAUUACCUGAACUCUGGAAGCACGUUUUCUACAUACUGUCUUGUUCACAAUUAAUGCUUGGCCUGCAUAGAAGAGAAUGGAGGGGAUUCAUAACUCUUGCUAAUAAAAGCUCUGGCAAAUAGGUCAACAAUAUUUUGUAAUUUUUUUUUAGCAUGUGGUCUUGAUUUCCUUAAUCCAGAAUGUGAUGGAGUCAGAUUCAAGCAAUUUACACACUAUAAAAUAACCAUGGGAUAUAUUACUGUAAUUAAUGCAGUCUUGUUUAUGCAGUGGAAUGUAAUAUCAGAAGUUCAACUCUGGACUAACUUGGUACCAUUUGUGCUCUGAAAUCGGACAAUUUGCUAUUGUGUUAUGUAUUAAAAUAUACUGAAUUGAAUAAAUCAAACUUUUACCAAUA